AACCUCUCUUCUUCCCCCUCUCACCUUGCACCGCACCACACAACACAACACCACUCUUGUUUCCUGUAAAGCCUCCUGCUUUUUUUAACUGCGGAUUCCGGGAGUGAUUUUUCUUCACAGGUUGCCUGCGGAGGAAGAUGUUUGUUACAUGCACUCAGCUGGUGUUUCUCUCUAGCUUAUUUUGACUGUCUUGUGUCAAUGGCGGCUGAUCAACGGAGAAAACUGCUUAAUGGUGCCACCAUUGCUGCCUGCACUUCUUCUGAUCAACAUAAAAUUAAAAAGAAGAAAUUGAAAUCUUCGCAAAAUGACUUAAUUGCCAAGUCUCAUAUUUCUCUUGAGUGGGAUGGAAACCAUAAAAAGGUUGUGGCUAAAAAGGAACAAGUCGGCAUAAGUUGCAGGCAUUUGAGGCCUUUCAUUGAUUCUGCACCACAUUACCACAGUGUUUUGGCAGAUGUUUUCACCCUUCCUCGUGAAAUUUUUGAGUUGGAGGAUUUAACACAAGUUAUUUCUUAUGAGGCGUGGAAGACUCAACUGUCUGAAAAGGAGAGAAAUCAUCUCACGCAGUUUCUUCCUAAAGGGACAGAUAGAGAACAGAUUCUGCAGACAUUGCUUGCUGGUGAAAAUUUCCACUUUGGAAAUCCUUUUCUUCAAUGGAGCGCAUCACUUUGUUCAGGUCAUCUUCACCCUGAUGCAGUUAUUAGUCAUGAACAGUGUUUAAAGGCUGAUAAGAAAGCAUACUACUCAGAAUUACACAAGUAUCAUGAUGAAAUUAUAGGACAUUUACAGAAGUUGAAGGAGAACUGGAAAAGUCGUGAGGAUCCAGAAACAGAAAUUUCUCAGAACAUAUGGAGGUCAAGAAAGGAUCCAGAAAAGAGGACUUUAUCAGGUGUUAAUGAAUCAAGACUUGCUGAUACUGAGCAGGAUGCUUCAGCUACUUCUGAAUCUUGUUCUUGGAAUGCUGAGGAAAAAGCAUGUACCAGUGAUAAUCAAAACUCUUCUGUGGUGAAGGGUGUUGAAUCUCAGAAAAGAAAAUACAAGGAAGGCAUCAUCAAGGACAAACAUAGGGCUUCCUUGAUUACUUCUGAUGAUGUGCUAAAUAAGGAAGCAAAGCCCAGAAGGGGAGAGAAGCUACAGAAGCCCAAUAUUCAGCAGAGUGAUGGUGUCAAAUAUAUGUCAUAUAUUAAGAUAAGCAAGAAGCAACAUGAACUUGUCAAGAGUAUGAAGCAGUCUGGUAAAAGCAUUCAGUCUAGAUCUCUUAAUCGUGUACUCGGCAACCUUAAUAGUUUCCAUGUACAACCAUAUGAAGUAUUCAUGGAAGAAGAGAAGAGCAAAUUGCAUGAGCAUUGGUUGAAAUUGGCAAUAGAGGAUCUUCCCAUGGCAUAUGCAAACUGGAGAGAUGUAUGCUUAGUGAAACGAGAAAUAAUCAAGUCAUUGAACCAAGAUCUGCAUGACAAGCUAAAUGCUGUGCUUGAGGAUGGGAUGAAGAGUGCCGAAAUUUCUCAGCAUCAGGAAGAAAAUGGUGUGAAUUCCAAGGUUCUGGAUGAAGAGAGAGAGAAUCUAAACUGUGAGUUUCAGGAUCAAAAUGAUAAUGAACAGACAGAAAGUGAAUCCUAUAUGCAAGAUAGUGGAGAGUCCCCUCCUCUUCCUGGCUCAUCCCAUGAUCAGUCCUGUCAGCAGCUAUCUGUUAAUAGCAGUUAUCUAUGCAGUCACAUGGAUUUGGACUCUGUAAAAAGUCACCAUAUCUCAAAGUUGGAUGCUUCUUCUUCAGAUGCAUCUGAGUACUCAGGAAAUUUGAAAGCCGCAGAUGUUCCUGUCAAUCAGGGAGUUCAUCUCUCUCCUACAGAAGAUGUCUGGCCGGGUCAUGGCGCGCUGCAUUCUUACCAUGAUUCAACUGCAGGCUGUGAAUACACAGCUGUCAGUGGGUUGUCGCUCACUCAUCAACAAACCAAUGAAAACCAAAGAAGCCAACUGAUUAAUUUGGAUUCAGGCUUGCCUGAAGAGGACGCCAGGAAGGUUUUGUUGCAUGGACAGUCAGACGGUGGUUCCUUCAGUUCUUUUCCAAAUCAACACCGAAAUGAGCUACUUCAAUCAUUAUUCAAGGACGAAAGGAUGUUAUCGUAUAACCAUGAGCAGAAACCGACAGGGCUAGAUUUUCAAUCCCCAAAAAAUUUGUUUACGGGAGACAGUCGUUUUCCAGGGCACUUUCAAGAGCAGCUGCAGCCUUCACUGGCACUGGAGCAGGGGCAGAAGAGGCAGAGUGAAAUUUAUAUGCAACAAAAUAUAUCACCAAAUAUCUACACUGAUGGUGGUAGAUUUGUUAUCCCAAGGCAGGAGCUCUUGCCCUCUAGCAAUAUGGCAGAUUGGACUGUCAAUCCUGUCCGCAUGCCAGCUCCUUACCAACAGCAGUUGAAUAGUGGAGAUUUGUUUAGUCAGAAUUGGUUUCCUAGCGAGCAUCAAGUACGCAAUGGGUGGAGUGGUUCAGAUGGUGUUAGUGUCUCGAAUCAGGGUAUUGGGAGUGCUGCAAGCAAUAGCAAUGCAGAUCAGAGCCUAUUCAGUGUUCUAUCUCAAUGUAGCCAGCUACGUUCAGGUAACCCUUAUGGGCCAAUGCGCACUCCAGAGCAGUUCAUUUCAGCAAUGCCAAGGAACUAUGGAAUGGUAGGCGGGGGUAAUUCUGCAAUGAGCAAUAAUUUACCGCAAGUGAACCAUCCGCUUGAUUAUUUAGGUGGGCGUGAUGCAGCAACCCCACUAAUGGCGGAUGACAUGGGAUGGAUGAACUUGACACAUCAAAAUCCUGGUUUGCAUGAUCCAAUGGGGAAACCGUAUUUGAGGUCAUGGAAUCAAUAAAAAGACAUUUUUUGAUCUUUUUGGAUGAGAAAGGGGAGGGAGUGGAAUUGGUUAGUUGUUAAUGUAGGAGGAAAAGGUAGAACAGGUGAGGUGAAGAUAAUGCAAUGCAGAAGCAGGGAGGUAGGGGGUUUGUACAUAUACCUAUAGAAGAAGAGGCAAGUGAAGACAGCACAGGCCUGUAUAUAUGUAGACAUUUAGAUGGGCAGGGAAGUAAUGAACAAUGAAGAUCCAGGCAGAGAUGUGUCCUCUUUUUUGGUAGACCAAGAUUACAGUUUUUAUUUAGCAAUUAUUUUGUUAUAUUGGGGAUUCCUUGUUUUUAUUUUAGUAAUUUUGGAGGCCAUGGUUGGCUAAUGAAUAAUAAUGUUGUUUUUGUUCAUUUUCUAUUCCAUGAUCCAUAGGUUUGGAUUACAGACUUACAGGUAACAAGGAUAGGA